AAUGUUCUACACGAUUCUCAACAAUAUCCUGGAGGUUCUAAACCCAGCAGUAUAAUAUAUCCAGGGUAGAAUGAGAGUAGGUGUACUCCAGGUGGUUCUAGUUCUAGUUCUAGUUCAGAGUGCACAGGCAGAGCAAACCGGGAAGCAAAUCAUAGACAAAGUUAUUUACAACUACACUAUUAAAAAUAUGGAAGAAAUCACAGCAAGGAUAAACUCUACUCAAGAGAAGGAUAUACUGGAUUACAUAAACCAGCAGUUCUAUAAAGUGUUUUGGACUGCUUGGAGAAAUUAUCAGGAAAAAGAGUUCUUGACUGACGUGGAAAUAGAGAAUGUUGUAGAGCAACUUGCUCGAUAUUAUAAUUUUGAUGUAGCUCUAGCUUCAGAACUAAGUAAGACUGGAAAAGUUGAUGGUGGUGGAUGGAAUCCCAAUAUACAAGGGGGGCAAUGGACUCUCAAUACAGAAGGAGGAGGAUGGGCUACCAAUCCAAAAGAAGGUGGAUGGACUGCCAAUCCAGAAUUGAGUGCUUGGACAUUGAACACAGAUUGGGCGGGACGAACUAUACAUUCAGAAGAACCUGAAUGGACUGUUAAUACCGAAAGGGAAGGAUGGAAAUACGGACUUAAUGAGCUUGAAUGGGAUUCAAGGAGCAAUGAAGGACAGUGGAAGUUAACAACUCCAGAAAAAGAGGAGAUAGAAGUGAACAAUGGUUUCGGAUGGACACCACAAGACUUGGUUCCGAAAGAAGUUCAGCCUGAAUCAGAUUUGUACACCUCUCAAAAAGUACAAAUUGACUACUUAUCCUCAGUUGUUCCAAGUAAGUCUGAAGCAAGCCAAGAAGAAAAUAGUAAAAAUGCAACUGUAAAUAUCUAUAUAAACUUUAGUUCUAACCAAUCCCAGUACAGCAAUGAUAAUCAAAGUAGCGUUGAUGAUUCAAAUAACGUUAAUGUGGGGGCAAAUAUAACAACUGGGAAUAUUCCAAUAUGGUUCCCUAACAGUGAAAAUAUUUCACCUAACUGGAUAUUAGGUAAUUCUCAGUCUACUUCAUCCCAAAACCUUUGGCUAGAGAGAACAUCUGAAAUAAUUCCCUCAACAACUGAAAAAGCAACAACAACUGUGAGAACUACAGCAGCGGAGAGAACAACAACAACUGAAAAAGCAACAACAACUGAGAGUACAACAACAACUGAGAGUACAUCAACAGCUGAGAGUACAACAACAACUGAGAGAACAACAACAACUGAGAGAACAACAACAACUGAGAGAAAAACAACAGCCGAGAGAACAACAACAACGGAAGAAAGUUCAACAACAACUGAAAGAUCAACAACAACAGAAACCACAACAACCUCAACAUCCAUGAUUAACUCUUAUGAAAGUACGCCAACUAUUGGAUUGAUUGGAGAUCAAUUCACAACAACUGCAAGAUUAACCCCCACAACAAUUAACCCUUUACAACUAUACAAUGGUAGUGAUUAUGAUUAUAAUUUGAAAAGAGCUGAAUCGGCGCCAAAUUCAAAUCCAUCAACAAUCAAUAUUCCUAAAGAAAACUCUACUUCUACAACACAAAGUCUACUAUUAAAAGAAUUGGACAAAGAAGCAGGUAUUGAUUACACAGAAUCAAGUAAUACUGACAACACUACUGAAACAAGCAACACAUCUUUAAGUGAAAUCAACACAUCAAAUGAUACAACGGAAGCAAUAGAUAAAGCAAGUAAUUCAACCACAACAAAUAAAGUAACUGAAACAUCUGAAGCAACUGAAUCAACUAAAGCAACUACAUUAACAACUGCUACUGAAACCUCAACUGAACCAACUUAUGAAACUAAGACUACUGAAUUAACUGAACCCACUAAACCCACUGAAUCAACUAAACCAACCACGGCAAGUAAAUCAGCUACAACAACUGAAGUUAUUGAACAAACUGAACUAGCUGAAACUACUGAAGUCGUUGGUCCAACUGAAACUACUGAAACACCUGAGACAACUUUACCAACUAGAACAACUCCAGCAAAUAAACCAAUUGAAACGACUAAGGAUGUAACUAUAGGAACUAAGCCAACAAUUCCAACAGAAACAUCUGCUCUCACUGCAGUCACUGCAGCAACCGAUGCAACUGUUGAAACUGAAUUAACAGAGCCAAAAAGUGCAUCAGUAACUUCUGAUAUAGCUGAAGAAACUGAUCCAACUGUAGCAACUGUUGCAACUGAUGUAACUAUAAGAACUGAGCCAACAACAACUGAAAUAACUGAAGUAACUGAUCAAACUCUUGCAACUAGCGUAACUGAAGAAACUUCUGAUCUAACUGAAGCAACUGAUGCAUCUAGUAAAACUAUUGCAACUGUUGCAACUAAAGAAACUAUUACAACUGUUGCAACUGUUGCAACUGUUGCAACUGUUGCAACUAAUGUAACUAAAGUAACAGAGCCAACAAAUUUAACAGAAACUUCUGAUCUAACUGAUGCAACUAAUGCAACUGGUGCAACUGAUUCAACUAAUGGAGUUAGUGCAACUAAUGCAACUAGUGCAACUAGUGCAACUAAUGCAAAUGGUGCAACUGAUUCAACUGUUGCAACUAGUGCAACUGUUGCAACUGUUGCAACUAGUGCAACUGUUGCAACUGGUGCAACUAGUGCAACUGUUGCAACUAGUGCAACUGUUGCAACUAGUGCAACUAGUGCAACUGUUGCAACUGGUGCAACUGGUGCAACUAAUGCAACUAAGGCAACUAGUGCAACUAAUGCAACUAUUGCAACUACUCCAGCUGAAAAUACUACUCCAGCUGAAAAUACUUCUUCAGCUGAAAAUACUACUCCAGCUCAAAAUACUACUCCAGCUGAAAAUACUACUUCAGCUGAAAAUACUACUCCAGCUGAAAAUACUACUACGGCUGAAAAUACUACUUCAGCUGAAAAUACUACUUCAGCUGAAAACACUACAAUAGCUGGAAAUACCAGUCCUGCUGAAGGGUCUGACUUAUAUGCUGAUGCUUACAUGGCUGGGUAUGAAAGUGCUAUAGAAAAUAUUGCUGACAAUCCGUUGGCAUUUGAUGAAUUAGCAUAUAUGGAGAACCUUUAUACACCAUAGUAUAAUCUAUACUCAGUUAUUCAUGUAAAAAAUAUAUAAACGUUUAAAAUUUAAA